CCCUGGCGCGGCAGGACGGGCGGCAGCGGCGGUGGGGAUGGCGGAAGCGGUGUCCCAAUCGCGCAAGCGAGGGGAGCCAGGGGAGCCGGGCAAGCCGGGCCGCAGGGCCCUGUACUUCUGCGGGAGCAUCCGCGGCGGACGCGAGGACCGGGCGCUGUACGGUCGGAUCGUGUCGCGGCUGCGGCGCUUCGGGACUGUGCUCACUGAGCACGUGGCGGCUGCCGAGCUGGGCGCGCGCGGGGAGGAGGCUGGUGGGGGUGACAGGCUCAUCCACGAGCGGGACCUGGCGUGGCUGCAGCAGGCAGAUGUGGUCGUGGCAGAAGUGACGCAGCCAUCCUUGGGUGUAGGCUAUGAGCUGGGCCGGGCCGUGGCCCUCAAUAAGCCGAUCCUGUGCCUUUUCCGCCCACAGUCUGGCCGAGUGCUUUCCGCCAUGAUCCGGGGAGCAGCAGAUGGCUCACAGUUCCAGGUGUGGGACUAUGAAGAGGAAGAGGUGGAGGCCAUGCUGGAUCGAUACUUUGAGUCUGAACUUCCCAAGCCUGAGACUGCUUCCCCUGACCCAACCGCUUGACUUAAUCAUGUUCUAUUAGAUUUUCUGAUCCCAGAUACUUCUCUAGUAACCCUUCUGCCCUUUGGCCCCAAAUUAAAAGAUAUGUUUAAAAUUCUAA